AUGCUUGAUAUUGGUGUUGGAAUUGGUGGUGGAGCUAGACAAGCUGCUAGGGAGUUUGGUCUUCAAGUACUUGGUUGUGAUCUUUCUUCAAAUAUGAUUCAACAUGCUUUUGAUCGUAAUCAACGUGACAAAGAUCAUCGUGUUGAAUAUCAAAUUGCUGAUGCUAUGGUUUAUCGUUAUGAAGCUAAUGCUUUUGAUAUUGUAUUUGGUAGAGAUUGUAUUCAACAUAUUAAAGACACAAAAAGAUUAUUUAGAAAUAUUUAUACAUGGCUUAAACCUGGUGGACGAGUACUUGAUACAAUGUAUGGAAAAGGACAUGGAGUUCUCUCUCCAAAAUUUCAUGAAUAUGUUCGUAAACGGCAAUAUGCACUAAAAACUUUGGAAGAAUGA